UCCUUAGGCUCUCAUACCCCUGCUAUUUUUGGUCAGCUCAAACCCAUUUGUGUCGUCAUCAGACCAACAUCUUGGACACAGACCGCUGCGUUUUUGCAACCCCUUCCGCACCCCUCUUUCUCCGCCCUUCCAAACCGUCUGAUAUAUCCCACCUGUCAGAGGAAGUACACAGACAGUUCAGCAAACAAAACUUGGGAUCAGAAAAGUCUAGGCUUGUGAGUGCCUGGCCUGCGCUCCGCACUCUUCUCCACCUGUCCAUUUGUUCGUCCGCUCUCCCUUGCUAUGGCCUACAGGUCAAAUGCACCCGAUCUUCCUCGCCGUUACGAGGCGGACCGUGAUCGCUACUCUGAAAUUCGAGAUCGAUUCGAAGACGAUGACGACCGUCUUUACGUGCGGCGUGUGAGCUCCCGGCCCCCGCCGCCCCGCGAUCGGUCCGUUGACGACCGCUCUGAACGACGUUUCCGCCCGCAUGAGGAGGACGGUGUGGUGUUUCGCGAACGUGAACGUCGUCGCGUGGUCUACGAUGAUGAACCUCUAAGGCGUCGGCCUUCCCCGCCUCCGGAUCUGCGACGAAGAUCACCCCCACCCUUGGAAUUUGAGCGCUCCUCCAGAGUUGUUAUCGAGAAGGAGAGAUUUCGCAGCCCGUCUCCACCUCCAUUACGGCGGCCACCUCGGCCUCUAAGACGCCAGUCGAGUCUCGACACAUUUGAUCGGAGGCCUAGGGGCUACUUUGAGCGCGACGAAUACGAUGUGCCAGCGAGGCGCGAUGAUUACCGCGUGCCACCCUAUGUGGACAUGCCACUACCGAGAUCAAGGGCAUUGCCUCCUCCUAGGGUGUAUGACCGGGAAUAUUACGAUGAAAUCCAGGUCUCUGAUCCCCACCGCUUCGGCGAUGAGGACUUCCACAUCCCGGGAGAGCGGGUACGUGAGAGGGAAAUUGUCCGCACCCGUCGCAGAACCCGCAGCCGGGAGUCAAGGGCCACCAGGAGAUCAAGGUCAAGCAGCACUAGCUCUUCGAGCAGUUCCGGCGGCACUACGCUGAGGAGCGAAUAUCCCAAGAAGGGCAAGACUCGCAUCCCUGCCCGUUUGGUCUCCAAGAGAGCUCUCAUCGAUCUUGGGUAUCCGUUCAUCGAAGAGGGCAAAACCAUUGUAGUUCAAAAAGCGCUUGGGCAACAGAAUAUUGAUGACUUACUGAAGCUCAGCGAUGACUACAAGAAAAGUGAACUCGAGAUUAUCGCAGCUCGCUCAAGCGCGGGCGACAUCAUCGAAGAACGUCGAACCGAAAUCGUGGAGAUGUCCGCGCCGCCUCGAGCGUCAAACGGGCCCGUCAUUAUUGAUGCCCGUCCGCCCCCACAGCAGCCGGUAGAGGUUGUCAAGACCACUCUGAUCCGCGACGUCUCGCCCGACAGGCGGACGUACACGACGGCGUCCUACGACACGAGCACCUCGUACGACACGACCUCGUACGCCACCACGAGCACCAGCGCCACGCCCGUCAUCGUCGACACCCGGGCCCGCGAGGUGUCGGAACGGGUGCCCGUGGGGCCGCUCGCCCUGGUGACGACGGACCACCGCAGCCGCUCCGUGUCACGCCCCAGGCGUGGCUCGCGCGACUCGGACGAGCUGCGGUCCGAGAUCAGACACCUCGAGCGGCAGCUCGCGCGGAGGGAGAGGCGGUCGAGCCGGGGCGGCGGAGAGCUGGUCCGCGCCGAGAGGCUCUCGACGGGCGAGCUGGUCCUCUACGAGGAGGAGGUGGAAACCCUGGAGGAGCCUGCCCGCGGAGGCGUCAGGAUUGAGAAGGAUAAGAGAGGUAGGCUGUCUAUUAGCGUGCCGAGGCGCCGAUGAUGGGUUGGCGGUGCGUUUUUCUUCUCCGCUUCUCUACCAGACUUUUGUGGUUUAUGGUGUUCCUUUGCUUCGUUAGGGUAGGGGUUGUGCUCUUUUUACCUUUUUUGACUUCCAUCUCUGUUUUUCUUCCCUUUCUUUUUGUGCCGUUUGUCCUGUCUUUCCCGGGGCAUCAAACUGAGAUAAGGGCUAUACUGACGUGUGUUCCAACCCUACAGGACCC